UCUUCCCCGCCCUGCAAAUACAUCGGGAGCUAGCUUGUUAUUGUGGAUGUUUUCUCCUGGGUUGCUCUGAUCGUGACACAGCGGUGUUAUUAAUCCAUUUGGUGAAACAAAAAUGCCCUUGUUUGAGGUUCUGGGGAGCGGAGGAGAGAAAACCGCUGUUGUCAUUGAUUUAGGAGCUUCAUAUACGAAAUGCGGCUUUGCUGGUGAGAAUGGGCCUAGGUUUAUUAUUCCCAGUGAGAUCCAGCGUCCAGGACUCCAGGAGCCUAUUAAGGUGGUACAGUAUAACAUAAACACAGAGGAGCUGUACACCAACCUGAAGGAGUUCAUUCACACAUUGUACUUUAGGCAUCUGCUUGUGAAUCCACGUGACAGAAGAGUGGUUAUUAUCGAGUCUAUCCUCUGCCCUUCACACUUCAGAGAAACACUGUCAAGGGUCUUCUUUAAACACUUUGAGGUGCCAUCAGUACUGUUUGCUCCCAGCCAUCUAAUGUCCAUCAUGACUUUAGGUGUCAACUCUGCUCUUGUGAUGGACUGUGGAUAUACAGAAACCUUAGUGUUGCCUGUUUAUGAAGGAAUUCCCAUUCUGUCUGCAUGGGAGGCCUUGCCAAUGGGUGGGAAAGCUAUUCACAAGGAAUUGGACAGUUUGCUGACAGAGCAGUGCACAGUGGAUACAGACACAAGCACAGGCCAGAGUUUACCAACCAGCAUGGGCACCAUUCCAGAAGAAGUUGUAGAGGAUAUUAAAGUUCGGACAUGCUUUGUCAGUGACCUGCAGAGAGGCCUGAAAAUCCAGGAAGCCAAGUUCAACAUGGAUGGAACUGCAGAGAGACCCGCUCCUCCACCAGAUGUUGAAUAUCCCUUGGACGGAAAGAAGAUCCUUCACAUUAAGGGGUCGAUCAGAGACUCGGUUGCUGAGAUUUUGUUUGAACAGGACAAUGAAGAAAAAUCUGUUGCCUCACUAGUGCUUGACACUCUUGUUAAGUGCCCCAUCGACACACGUAAGGUCUUGUCCGAGAAUUUGAUGGUAAUUGGUGGAACGGCCAUGCUGCCUGGCUUCCUCCACCGUCUCUUGGCUGAAAUCCGCUUAAUGGCUGAAAAACCCAAAUACCGUGACGCUCUCGCCACUAAGAGCUUUCGCAUUCACAGUCCACCAGCCAAGCCCAACUGCACCGCCUGGCUAGGAGGGGCUAUAUUCGGAGCAUUGCAGGACAUCCUGGGUAGUCGCUCUGUGUCCAGAGACUACUACAAUCAGACAGGCCGCAUUCCUGACUGGUGUAGUCUCAGUAGUCCUCCACUGGAGUCACUGUAUGACGUUGGAAAGACAGGCCCUCCACUCAUGAAGAGAGCAUUCUCCACAGAGAAAUAAUCCACUCAUGACGACAUGAGACAUAAAGACUUGCAUCAUCAACGCUUCUUACCUAGACACAAUCUUUAUCAAAAGCAAUUAUGUAUCCUGUUUGUGAUUUUCUGUGUAGCUGUACAUAAAAAGAAGAGCGGUUGAAGUACCACUAGGUGGCAGUCUCUAUUGCAACAACUCACUAUGAGCAGACUUCCUAGAAAUGCAUUUCACCUACAUGUCUUUUGUAAGCUUCAGAAGUUUGAUCUAAUUUAACAGAUAAAUACCUGGAAAAAUAAACUAAACACUGUUUAAGCUGUUUUGAGCUUUCUAACGUCCCACUGCUGUGGCAGAAAUUCCACUGCUAACAAGUAGGAUUAAGAAUAUUUGGCCUAUUUUUUGUUCUUUUCCCCCAUUCUAUACAUUUAUAUUUGUGCUGUAUUUCAGUGCUUUUAAAAGAACCCUACUUGUAUUUAAUUUAUUUACACAUUAGAUGCUGAAAAUACAUGGUGUCUUAUUAUGUGUACUAAAUAAAUGUUCCAAAAUUAA